UGUACUUGCGAUAGCUGCUGGGAUUGUUGAAGGCAUGAAUCUUGGUAAUAAUUCCAUGGCAGCUCUUGUAGCACAAGGCUGUUCUGAGAUUCGAUGGCUAGCAACAAAGAUGGGUGCAAAACCAGCAACAAUUACUGGUCUAUCUGGAACUGGAGACAUCGUGCUUACAUGUUUUGUAAAUCUUUCAAGAAAUAAAACAGUUGGAGUUCGUCUCGGAUCAGGGGAGAAGCUUGAAGAUAUACUCAGUUCCAUGAAUCAAGUAGCCGAAGGUGUGUCGACUGCUGAAGCUGUGAUUGCAUUGGCACAAAAAUAUGAUGUUAAAAUGCCGGUCCUGACAGCAGUUGCUCGGAUUAUGGACAGCGAGCUAACCCCAAAGAAAGCUGUUCUUGAAUUAAUGAGCCUCCCACAGGUGGAAGAAGUUUGAAAACCAAGUAUUUAUCUU